AAAAGGCGAAAAGAAAGGAGUUCUAGUUCUGAAGUUCACUCCAACACGCAGGCUCAGGAUUCUUAUUUGAUUGAGACAUUUCUAUGGAUUGAUUAGUAAAGCUUCUGAAGCUUUUGUAGAUCGAACCGACUGCGGAGCUCUAAAACUUCAAACCUGUUUCAUUGGAUUUUGUGAGCUCUGAAGUGAGUUUUGUGGGUUAUAUUAUUAUAAAUGUUAAUGGAUUGCCGCGUAGAAUAAAUGGGUCUGUCAUGAAGACUAACAUCUUCGACUGCAUUUGAAGAGGAUCAGUAAGAGAGGUUUCUAUUUUGUAUUUGCGGGUGCUUCGGAAAGUGAUGAUAGACUUGGGUUCUCAUGGAUGGAGAGAUGGAAGAACCCCUUAGCUUUCAGGCAGACUCUAUACACUCUGGUUCUAUAUCGUUUGGAAGGUUUGAAACUGAACCCUUGUCUUGGGAAAGGAGGUCAUCCUUCUCGCACAAUAGAUAUCUUGAAGAGGUUGAGAAAUACUCAACACCAGGUUCAGUUACUCAAAAGAAAGCUUAUUUUGAAGCUCAUUUUAAGAAGAAGGCUCUUCUUCAUCAGGCUUCUUCUGGGGACCAAAAUGGUAUGGAAUGCCAAACUAGUGAAAAUGGCAACCUCGAAUAUAUGAACAGUGAAGAAUUUGAGCAUGCUAAUAUAGGAAGUCAUUCAAUUCACUAUGAUGAGAGCCCUCAUGAUUCAGAUUGUAACGAAAAUUUAGCUUCAAAAUUUCACAUAGAUGCUACACCCACUUUCACUAAUGAUGAUCCAGGAUUCGAUGGUGAUCUUCAAGAUUAUGCACAUGCUCUCACUGAUGAUGAUGUAGAGUUGGAUGGUGAUCAUCAAGUUGAUGCACCUCCUCUCACCAGUGAUGAUGAAGUGUUGAAUGGUGAUGUUCAAGAUGAUGUGCUUCCUCUCACUAAUGAUGAUGCAGUUUUGGAUGGUGAUCUUCAAGAUGUAGAGCCUGGUGAAAUCUACCAAACUCCGUUUGAGUCCAACAUGCUACCAUUAGUUAAGGAUGAACAAGAAAUCGAAGUAAAAGACAAGCUUGCUGAUGAAACAGAAAAUGUAGAGACAUUACAAAAAACAAGUUCAACCCCAAAGAAGCACAUGGCUAUGACUGAUGAUAAUCCUAUCAUGAGAAAACCUCAGAAACAAACUCUAAAGGUAAAGGCCGCAACAGAAAGUAAAACAGACAAAUCCAAAUUGAGGGCUCAGGUUCCUAGAAAGAUUUCAAGUGAAGCAUCUAAAGAUUCCACAAAGAAUCCAAGGAAGGAGAGUCAACUGAGGACUAAAGCAGAGAAACCAUUGCCACUGAAGGCAUUACCAACUGGCUCUUCUCCAGCAAGAACUUCAAAACCAGAGUAUUCUGUGCAGGAUCCUGAAUAUUUGAAGGCAAAACUCAGUCAAGAUAAUAGAAGUGAGAAAGAUCUAAAGGCAAAGAAAGCAGGCUCUAAAUCUCAACCUUCUACCUUAGAGAGGAGUGAACCCAAAAUGAGCCAAUCUGUGAACAGGCCUAAGAGAACUGUUAAUAUAACGAAGUCGGAUAUAAGGCCAAGCUCUGCUGUCUUCCAUUUCAAGAGUGAUGAAAGAGCUGAAAAGAGAAGAGAGUUCUUUAUGAAGUUAGAGGAAAAAAUGCAUGCUAAAGAGGCUGAGAUGAACCAUAUCCAGACAAAAACACAGGAAGAGACAGAAGCUGAGAUUAAACAACUUCGCAAAAGUUUAAAGUUCAAGGCUACACCUAUGCCUUCUUUUUAUCACGAACCUGCUCCACGAGGCUCAGAUGGAAAAAAGGUUGUAUCAAGUCAUGUGAAAUCAAAAUCGCAAAGCAAAUCACCAAAUCGAGUGUGUACUGCUGCGGGUAGAUCCCCACCAUCUUUGAAGGUUGGAAGUCAGCAAGGUCCAUCUGCCAGUGAACCUCAAAAUACAGUUUCUCAGCAACAAGCCUCAGAAGCAACUGAUUGUCCACCAACAUUAACAUCUGAAAUGGGUGAAAGCACUCCCAGUGCAUCAACCAAUAAAAGUGGCACUGCAAAAGUCGCAAAGAAAAGUGAUUCAAUGGGGAAGAAAGACAUAGAGAAGGCUAAGGAUGCUAAACAGCAAGGAUCAGAGGGUAGUAAGUUGAGGAAAGAGAGAAUUGAGGGGAGACGGGCAGUUGGAACUGUUGGAAGGAGUAGUGGUGAAAUGGUGAGGAAGGCGAUGAAGGGAGUUGGUGGAAUAGGUGUCGAUGGAGGUUCUGGAAUGGGUAAUCUAACUGUCGGUGUUGCCUCCUAAAUAAAUCCCUUGCUGGCAUCCAUCCACUUGAUAUUGUAUUUGCAUUCUCCAUUUUUGUCCAAGCAGUAUCUAAUGUGCAUGUAGUUGGAAUAUAAAAUCAUGGUAACUCUUUAUAUGAGGUCUUGCAACU